UUAAUUUGACCAUUUAAAAAACAUAGGUGGGGGCUUUCGCAUACAUCGAUGAAGACCAUCUGCCUCUGCUAUCCAUGUGCAGUUGAGACAGAAUCCGGAAGCUUUAGCUUCUUCAUAAAUUGUGGAUCUGCCUAUGUUUAUGUUCUCACGACUAAAUCCACAGUGAAAGAGUGUAUCUUUAAAAAUAGCAACACCGAAACUCCAGUGAUAUAACUCACCUUUUUUUAAGAAACUAUAUCAUCAUCUCGAGAUAAACAAUGAACGCCAAGAAGAUAGUCGUUGUUAUUCUGAAUCAUGCGACUCUAGCGUUCACUUUCAGGUAUAUCUGGUUGCAAAGCUUUAGAACUGGUUAUAGGUACCACAAUCAUGAAGAUAGUAAACACUAAGCAUAGAGUAGAUCUGAGUUUUUUUUUGUAGAUGAGUUCAUCAUGAUGAUUUGUUAGUGUACAUACUCUUCUCAUGAGCUCAUAAUUUAUAUAUGUUACGAAGUGCUAAAUUCUAGCAAAAAUAAUUCAGAUUUAGCUUAUUUUGAACAAAUUAGUCAAAGUCAUUAAAAGUAUAUGUGAGCACUAUUAGGAAAUAAUAUAUAUUUUCUAGAAUAUUAUAUAUAUAUAUAUGAAUCUCUGAGAUAAGACUAAAUAUUACAUUUCUAUGUAAGAGGUUCAUUAUUUAUGGAAUAAAUACAUAAAUUUCAUUUUUUUCAUUUCUAUUUUCAAAAAUUUUAUCAUUUUUAUUAAAAUAGUUUUCUGCUGGCUAAUAAUAUAUAUAUAUAUAUAUACGAAACUCUGAGAUAAGACUAAAUAUUACAUUUCUACAUAAGAGGUUCAUUAUUUAUGGAAUAAAUACACAAAUUUUAUUUUUUUCAUUUCUAUUCACAACAAUUUUAUCAUUUUUUAUUAAAAUGGUUUUCUGCUAGCUAAUUAUGAUUUCCAAUUUUUUUAUCUUUUUAAUUUGUUAAUUACAAGCUUGUCAUCCUUUCUAUAUUUUAAUAAAUGUAUUUUCGGAGUAGGCAAGAACAAUCCAUAUAUAUAAAAAAGUGUGGAUAGUUUGUUCUGCAAUCAAUCAAGGUACUAUGUUGAAUGUUUAGACAAAAUAAUGUAUAAUAUAUAAAAAUGCCCAACUUUGAUCAUGUUGAAACCUUCCGAAAAAGAAUAAAAAAAAAUAAAAAAAUCAUGAGGACUUUGUCAGUUGUGCCCAAAUGAACAAAUAUCACACUUAUUGAUAGUGGAACAAUUGAACAUAUGUUUGAAAAGGGUGAACGUUUACAAAUAUAUAAUCUUCACUAUUAAAUUACCAGAAACUCAAUAUUGUUUUGAAGGUGUAGUAACAUUGUAAUGACCCACCACUCCCACCAUCUCCACUUCUUUCUCCAACCCCACCACUUCCACCUUCUUUUCCACCAUCUCCACCUUCUUACCCACCAUCUCCAUCUUCUUUAAAGCUUGAGAAAGAGAGAGAGAGAGGGAAAGAGAGAGAGAAGAAGGAGAAGAAGGAAGAAAGCUCACCUGAGCUCGUCGCCGGAGAAACCGUGCGCCGUGACCACGUUCAGCUUGCCACCACCGAUAAACACCCUAGACUACCAUCGUGUUCCUCUCGUCGAGACGAAUCCGUAGCCACCAAAAACGCCUCAAUCGGAGUCCGGACGAAGCCGCACGCGCCUCCGGAAGUUUUGCCUCUGCGCGCGCGUGAGGUACACGCGCCGCCGCCGGAAAACGUCGCCACCGCCAGACCACCGUCCCCCGCCGCCGGAAUAUCCGCCGUCGUCGCCGGUAACUCGCCGGUGACUCGGUCAACUCGUCCGAGUCAACUCAAUUUGGAGUCCAUUUGAGCAGCUGGAGGUCAUAUAUACCGCUUCUCUUCAUUGCUAAGCAGGAGAAAGCUUUCAAUGGAGAAGAGUAAUGGCCAGCGAGUGAUUCUGUUUCCACUUCCAUUGCAAGGCUGCAUCAACCCCAUGCUUCAGCUUGCAAUGAUCCUCCACUCAAGAGGUUUCUCCAUCACUGUGAUCCACACGCGCUUCAAUCCCCCAAAACCUUCAAGCCACCCUCUCUUCACCUUCUUACAGAUCCCAGAUGGCUUGUCUGAAGCUGAGACAAGAACUCACGAUGUCACACUUCUCCUAACGCGUCUCAACCGAAGCUGUAAGUCUCCGUUUCGUGACUGUUUGACUAAACUGUUGCAAUCUGAAACAGCGGAAGGGAAACAGAGGAUUAGCUGUUUGAUCCAUGAUGCUCAAUGGAUCUUCACACAAUCACUCGCUCAUAGUUUGAAUCUCCCGAGAUUGGUCCUCAAUACCUAUAAAGUCUCUUUCUUUCAUGGCCAUUUCGUUCUUCCUCACCUCCGCCGCCAAAGAUUACCUCCAUUGCAAGGUCCCAUCACAAAUUCAGAACAAGAUGAUCCAGUAGAGGAGUUUCCACCGCUUCGAAAGAAAGAUCUUUCACAGAUUCUCGAUGAAGAAACAGAGCUCUUAGACUCGUACUCAGAUAAGAUCUUGGAAACGACAAAGACGUCUUCUGGUCUUAUAUUCGUGUCAUCUUGUGAGGAGUUGGAUCAAGACUCACUCAGCCAAGCACGUCAAGAUUUCAAAGUCCCUAUCUAUGCAAUAGGACCUUCUCAUAACUACUUUCCAGGCUCGUCUAGUAGCUUGUUCACACCGGACAGCACUUGCAUCCAGUGGCUUGACAAACAAGAAGACAGAUCCGUGAUCUACGUGAGUUUCGGUAGCUUAGCGAACAUGAGCCGUUCAGAGUUAAUUGAGAUUGCUUGGGGUCUAAGCAACAGCGACCAACCCUUCUUGUUGGUCGUUAGGGUUGGUUCAGUCAAAGACGCAGAAUGGAUCGAGACGAUCCCUGAAGAACUUAUGGAGAGGAUUAAGGAGAAGGGGAAGAUAGUGAAAUGGGCGCCGCAACAAGAGGUUCUAAAGCAUAGAGCCGUUGGAGGAUUCUUGACACACAAUGGUUGGAACUCGACUGUUGAGAGUGUUUGUGAAGGUGUCCCUAUGAUUUGUUUGCCUUUUGUGUGGGAUCAGUUGCUGAAUGCAAGAUUCGUUAGUGAUGUGUGGAUGGUGGGGAUUCAUCUAGAGGGUCGGAUUGAGAGGAAUGUGAUUGAAAGAGCGGUAAGGAGAUUGUUGUUGGAGCCAGAAGGAGAAGUGAUACGAGGGAGGAUGAAGCUUCUUAUGGAGAAAGUAAGAAGAUCUGUUAAACAAAACGGUUCGGCAUAUCGAUCUUUAGAACAGUUGGUUGAUCGUCUAUCAUCUUUCUAGCUAUAUGUUCGUAUGUUGAUUUCUUCGUCAUUUUUUGUUUUGUUUUGCAAGUAAUAAUUUGUCUGUGUUUGGCAUUGCUAGAAGAAAAUAAGCCAUAAUAACAAGACUAAUAUGUUCCCAUGGGGAAAAUUUCCUUUUAUAUCUUUUAUUUAUACUUGUUUCUUUGUGUUUUGGCUUGUUGAUAUAUAAUAGUGUUCGUUGAAAUAUUUAAAAGAAUUGAUUUGGUUAAUUAUGUCUAUAAUAGAAAAAUGCAUAUCUUACAAAAAUUCCUAAGCUAAACGUACUUGAAUUUAUAUAGUGGAAAGAUAGGUGAUAUAUUAGAAAAUGAUUUGCGUUUAUCGUGAAAGUGAAGGUGAAACACGGAAAAAUCACGUGGAGAUUGUAAAAGAACACUAUUGCACGGACCGUUGGAUGUAGGGUAAGAACCACGGACCGAAAUAUUUUGGGUUAAACAUAAAAAUUGUUUUGUCUAAUCGUGCGUUGAACACUCCAACGACAGAGCAUAUGAUAAUGCAGAUUUGACAUCAAAGCAGAUAUGUCCUAUUAUGUUUGCAAUUUAUACAAAUAUUAAAAAAUAAUGGAGCAAGUGGCUUCCCACCUCAGUUAGACCACCUCCAUCCAUUAGGAUUCCUAAUGGGUACUUAAAAUUAAAUUAGUGUAUAAUGUAGUGAUUUAAAAGGUUAAGUACCUCUAUUAAUCUAAUUAAUUUUUUCAUCCUCCA